AUGGCGCCGCCGCGGAGGAGGUCUAGCUGCAGGAGGCGAGUGCUAAAUGACGCCAAGGGAGUUAAUAAUGGCAGCAAGGCAACAGAAGACUCUCCUCCUGACAAGAAAAUGCGCACGUGCCAGAGAAAAAGGCGGGUGGCUGGAGGAAAGGACGCAGAUCGGACAAACGUGACAGCGGUGCAUACUUGUUUUCCCUCAGACUCCGUGAAGGCCUUGCUGUUAAAGGGCAAAGCUCCUGUGGACCCAGAGUGUACGGCCAAGGCUCAUGUGUAUUGUGAAGGAGGUGAGCUCUAUGACGUCAUGCUAAAUCAAACCAAUCUCCAGUUCAACAACAAUAAGUACUAUCUCAUCCAGCUGUUAGAAGACGAUGCCCAGAAGAGCUUCAGUGUUUGGAUGCGCUGGGGCCGAGUUGGGAAAACCGGGCAGCACAGCUUGGUGGCUUGUUAUGGUGACCUCAACAAAGCAAAGGAAAUAUUUCAGAAAAAAUUCCUUGACAAAACUAAAAACAAUUGGGAGGAUCGUGAGAACUUCGAGAAGGUACCUGGAAAAUAUGAUAUGUUACAGAUGGAUUAUGCCGCCAGUGUGCAGGAUGAAAAUAAGACGAAACAAGAGGAAACUUUGAAGCCAGAGUCCCAGCUGGAUCUUCGGGUCCAGGAGCUGCUGAAGCUGAUCUGUAACGUCCAGACCAUGGAAGACAUGAUGACUGAAAUGAAGUACGACACCAGGAGAGCCCCUCUUGGAAAGCUGACAGUGGCACAAAUCAAGGCUGGUUACCAGUCUCUCAAGAAAAUUGAGGAUUGCAUCCGUGCUGGCCAGCAUGGGCGAGCUCUUCUCGAAGCGUGCAAUGAGUUCUACACCAGGAUCCCACAUGACUUUGGACUCUCUGUUCCUCCAGUAAUCCGGACAGAGAAAGAACUGUCAGAGAAAGUGGAACUGCUAGAGGCGUUGGGAGACAUUGAAAUCGCCCUUAAACUGGUGACGUCAGAGCUCCAAGGCCCAGAACACCCGUUGGACCAGCACUAUAGAAACCUACAUUGUGCUUUGCAUCCUCUGGACCAUGAAAGUCAUGAGUUCAAAGUGAUCUCUCAGUACCUACAGUCUACACAUGCACCCACACACAAGGACUACACUAUGACCUUGCUGGAUGCUUUUGCAGUAGAGAAGGAAGGGGAGAAAGAGGUCUUCAGAGAGGACCUUCCGAACAGGAUGCUCCUCUGGCAUGGCUCCAGGCUGAGCAACUGGGUGGGAAUCCUGAGUCACGGGCUCCGGGUUGCGCCCCCUGAGGCUCCCAUCACGGGUUAUAUGUUUGGGAAAGGAAUCUACUUUGCUGACAUGUCUUCCAAGAGUGCCAAUUACUGCUUCGCCUCCCACCUAAAGAACAUUGGACUGCUGCUUCUGUCAGAGGUGGCUCUAGGGGAGUGUAACGAGCUACUGGAGGCCAAUGCGAAGGCAGAAGAGCAGCUUCAGGGCAAGCACAGCACCAAGGGGCUGGGGAAGAUGGCGCCCAGCCCUGCCCACUCCAGCACCCUGAAUGGGAGCACAGUGCCCUUAGGACCAGCAAGUGACACAGGAAUUCUCAAUCCAGAGGGCUACACCCUCAACUACAAUGAGUUUAUUGUCUAUAACCCCAACCAGGUCCGUAUGCGAUACCUCCUAAAGAUCCAGUUUGACUUUCUGCAGCUGUGGUGAAUGUUGAUCAAACAAGCCAGAGGAUACAGUCUUCACACAAAAACGGAGCAAUAUUAUGCUUUUGAACUUUUUGAUAUUUUGUUUAAUAAAAUGGUAUAAA